AUGAGUGGCCAAGGGACCGGACCUUCUUCACCUUAUGAAAGUAAUACUAAAAUUGAUUACUCGGAAAGCUCGCUGGCGCGUUUAGAGUCUCAAAAUGAGGAAGAGAUGGGGGUCAUGAGCCAGAAGAUUCAGGCAUUAAAAUCCUUGUCUUUGAAAAUGGGGGAUGAGAUCAGAGGAAGUAAUCAAACGUUGGAUUCUUUGGGGGACACUUUCCAAAGAACUUCAACAAAAGUGAAGGCGAAUCUAAGUAAUAUGCUGGUGAUGGCCAAAAACUCCAGGAUUAGCAUCAAGACAUGGCUGAUCAUAUUUCUCAUCGUCGGUAUGUUAUUUUUCUGGGUUUGGAUCCGUUGA